CUAUCUAAUCUCCAAGUCUGCUGUCCACUUUUAGAUUGGAAUUUGGAACGGAGCAUGUAGCUGAUAAUAUGCUGGAUCAAGGGUGGUUUACUGAAUAUCGAUGAACUGCUGCUAGGCAACUUGUAUAUGGUAGAUUUUCGGUAGGGAAAGUCGCCGCGCUAUUGCUUGCCUGUGGAUGCAAGGUAUUAUUUUGUUCUUUGGUGUAGGCCACACGUUUGGGAUUUUUUCCGGGGGGUAAUUUUGAGUGGUUGGACAAUGAAGUGAGGGGUGUGUCUCAUCUCUCAUGGAAUUGUUCUGAUCUCACCUCCACUGAGUUAACUAGUGGACGGUGAGGUGUUCCGUCUCGAGGCCUCCUGAUCUGUUGUUGGGGGCAUCCGGUCUCCCACUUAGCUGGUAACAAUGUAUUCCUCGCUAAAAAUUUCUUGCCAUCUGGCCACCACAGAUUCCUCCAGCAGAUGCUCCAAGUUCUCCGGCAUAAUUUCAUUUCCGCGCUUUUUAGUCUGCUAGUAUGGCGGCACUGGUCUCAGGUUGAAGCCACACAUCCUAUUCGAAAGUUGCUUCCAUUUUUAUGCUUUGUGGUUACUGAAAUGCUUCCUGAGACUAAGGCUUUUGCACGCCCUGGGUGCUGAUCAGUACGAGAUGUCAACUUACUCCGGAGCAGAAUCUCUUAUCUAGUGGAGCUGGAAUCAAAGAUGGACAGUGCUACUUGAUUGUUGUGCUGAAAUUCUCCAUUAGGCAGGCAAAGUACUAGCACAUGGAACCACUACCAAAAUGUGCACCAGGGCUAUCCAACAGAGACACUGGUGCGCUUCCUUAAAGCCAGAGAGUGGCAUGUAACUAAUGCUCAUAAAAUGCUUGUAGAUUGUCUGAAUUGGAGGAUACAGAAUGAAAUCGACAGUAUACUGGAGAAACCUAUAGUCCCAGUAGAUUUGUAUAGAUCAAUACGAGAAUCACAGCUUGUUGGGUUAUCGGGAUACUCAAAGGAGGGCGUCCCAGUAUUUGCCUUUGGUGUUGGACAGAGCACAUACGACAAAGCUUCGGUCCAUUACUAUGUGCAAUCUCAUAUUCAGAUCAAUGAAUACCGUGAUCGUAUCAUUCUGCCUAUGGCGACGAAGAAGUUUAGGCGACCUAUAACCAGCUGUAUAAAGGUUCUUGAUAUGACUGGUUUGAAGUUGUCAGCACUCAGCCUAUUGAAGAUUUUAACUGCAAUAUCUGCUGUCGAUGAACUGAAUUACCCUGAAAAGGCCGAGACCUAUUAUAUUGUAAAUGCUCCAUACAUAUUCUCAGCGUGUUGGAAGGUUGUGAAACCUCUACUGCAAGAGAGGACGAGAAAGAAGGUUCAUGUUUUGAGUGGCCGUGGGAAAGAUGAGCUCCUAAAGAUCAUGGACCAUUCCUCCAUCCCCCAUUUCUGUCGACGCGAGGGUUCAUCAAAAGCUUCGUUGAGCGGCGUCGAUGAUUGCUUCUCGCUCGACCACCCCUUCCACCAAGAGCUCUACCAUUACAUCGAGCAGCAGGCGUUGAACCAGGAACUCAUCAAGCAGGGUUCUUUGCAUGUAGACAUCCCCGAACAAGACCCCGAGGACGCCAUGAUUGUGGAGGUCAUCCAGGCCGAGUUUCACAAGCUCAGUGAGCAGGAUGGGUCUGCCAAUGGCGACCAUAAAUAACGGUGUCCGUGUAAGAUGUCAGCGACGUGGCAUGACAAAUGUGUGUUGCUGUGAUGAAAUUGAUGAUCCAUUUCGGUAUUUGCGACGUUUGCUUGACCGGCCUGCUGAUGUUUGUGGGGUGACCAGUUCCAUGGUGCAAGACUGAGGUAGAAGAAACAACGGAUGUAUACUAGAUAGAAAUAACCACCUAUUCACCUGAUGUAUACUUUGGCAAUGUACUGUCAUAUGUAUGUCCUGUAAGCUAUGAGUAAAUCAUCCUGUAAGCUAGGACUAAAUCAUCCUGUAACAUGGAUGCUAAAAUAAUCUUGAGUGUAUCAUCCUUCAAUCAGAAAUAAAUGGUGCAUCUUGAUCUUUGCCAUC